AGUCGACACCAUACGAUCUUUCUAAAACCGUACCAACCACAACCUAACCGGCUCUUACAUCAACUACUAGGUGCGCAUCUUCGCCAUGGGAAACGACGGCGGCUCGAUCCCCAAGCGUCGCGAGCUCGUGCGAGAAGCCGCGCGGCUACCUACCGCUUCCGAACUGAAGGCGACGGCUCUCGAGUCUCUGACGCACGCCUGGACGACGUGUCCGUUGUCCGACGCGCCACUCGACCUCUCUAACACCGUGUCCGACUGGCGGGGGCGACUCUACAACUACGAGUCGGUUCUGCAAUGUCUGAUGCCCUCGUCUUCCGAGACCGCCAUACCCGAAGCCCAAGAGGCCGAGUUCGCGCGCACGGGGAUCAAGAGUUUGAAGGACGUCGUGAAACUCAACAUCACCACGAGAAAAGACGAGAAGGGGCGCCAGUUCGCCGCCUGCCCGGUCAGCAUGAAGGAAUUAGGCGCCGCGACUAAAGGCGUAUACGUCGUGCCGUGCGGCCACGUCUUCGCCGAGGUCGCCAUGAAGGAGAUCUCCGGCACCGAAAAGCAGUGCCCGGAAUGCAGCGCAACAUUCGAAGAGCGGGACGUCAUACCCAUCUUAUCAACGGACGAGGCCGAGUUAGAAAAGCUAGCCAAGAGAGUCGACGAAUUAAAAACGUUAGGCUUGGCGCAUAAUCUCAAGAAAGAGAAGGCCGCGGGCAAGAAGAAGCGGAAGGCCGGCGAGGAAAAAGAGAAAGGACCCAACGGCGAGCCGGAAAAGGGGAAGGAGAGCAACAAGACGAGCAAGGGCAAGGAGGACAAGAAAGAUAUCUCUAGCCGGAUAAACAACCCUAUGACGGCGUCUCUCACGGCCAAGGUGUUGGCAGAGCAAGAGGAGAGGUCUAAACGGAGAAAGGUAAUAGACGGGUAUAAGAAAAGCGAGGCCGUGAGAUGAUUAGGUUAGAAAGAUACGAACCAAGCGCAACUUGUCUCAUCACGUAGCACGUAACGAAUGAUACCACUAUCUCGAAUAUUGCUAUUGCUCUUCAGGAUCAGGCCAACGUACUCUCGUACCCCCUAACACAGUUCCCUCAUGUUCCGAAGCACCCCUUUCGACAAUUAGGAAGGUCAAUGACCAGGCAGGGAAGGAUAAGAUAGAAUUUCCGGGAAAGUUGUCAUACCAUAUGUCAUA